CAGGCAAAUAGCCACCAUCCAGCAGAAAUGCUUCUGAAUGUUCUUGUGAAAGCUAGCUUUGAUUUGACAGUUAUGGCUCUUUGAAAAUAGAGCUCUGUUUAUACAGUACAGUAAAUACUUUGAACUACGUUAGGCUUUGCUGUACAUGUGUGGCUAACUAGAAUAUUAAACACUUGCAUCUUGUGUUGAGUGAGGGAGGAUCCCGCAGCAAUUGGAAUUGCAUACUUUUCAUACUUUUAUAAGAUCAUGUCAAAGCAGUAGAUUUGAUAAUAGACCUGAUUUUACAAUGGCUUAAUUUCUUGUCAAAGUAACAUUUUUUACAUGCAGUGUUUUGAGAUCUUUUAGGUGACCUCAUGUUACUUAUCAAAUGUCGGUUUUUCAUCCCAGCAGCUUUGAUACAAUCAUGUAGCAUCGUGAAGUACUGCAUACAUGCAGUCUUUGCUUGCUGGAGUUCUUUGAAGUGCAUUACUCUUUAGAAGAGUCAUUGAACUCUUGAAGAUCCUACACUUAACGACUAGGAGACCAGUAUAUGGAGGCACUGCACUGUAUUGCUAAAGGUUGUGCUGCAUCUAACAUGCGUAGUGGGGUCUGAAACCAGAGAAGGAAGAGGUUCAGUGCACCAGGAGCACAUACCCCUUGACAUGCAUCUUACCCAGCAGUAAGCUGCACGGGUUGUAGUGGUUCUUCAGCUCUGCUCCUGUGGGAGUGUCUGCUUUGCAGUGCUGAGCUCCCCAGAUGCAAGUGCCUGGUAUUGUAAGACAGCAGGAAGGUUCAUGUAAGGGAGAAGAGCAGAAGGAGAACUGAUGGUGACAGUCCUGAAAGAAAACUGGUCUUGCAGACAGCACUGGAAGGCAGCAAUGCUUGGGGAAGCCUUGAAAAACUGCUAGGUUGGGGUGAGAGAGACCAGUUACCUGCUAAAGUGAAGGUUAUCAUGAAGAAAGGUGUUUUGGUUGCCCCCAGCAAUUCUGACGGGCAUCCUGUGUGACGUCCCCUUGCAGCAUACUUGGGAAUUGUUGCUUGCUGUAGCACUGGGCUUUCCUUGAAGGAGGUCUGUCUUGUCUUGACCCAUCUUGGCUGCUCGUAGCUUAUGAAAAUUGACAAGAUUACAGCCUGAGGAGUUAUGCCUGAGGACUGUUUCUUAUCUUUCAUUCCUUAAGCCAGGUGAAGGGAUGCUGAAACGAAAAGAGAAAGAGCUUGUUUUUUUUUCUGUGCUGAACUGAUAGGUAACUUCUUUCUCCCAAGCCUUCUGCUUAAAUAGUGUGGUGUUACUACAUGUUGAAGAACAAGUUGGUGUCUUCUUUGUCCUGUCCUCCCAUCCAUUAUUUCCACAUUGGUUUUUUAUUGUUUUCUUUUUCUUCCUACCUCUCCACAGAUUAGCUUAUGAAGAAUGGGCUGCUGGCAAGCUUGAUGCUGGUGUCUUCUACCUACGGUGGUUCAUGCUGAUGUUUUACAUUUUAGAAAAAGUAAACACAGAGUAGUAAGGUUGAAGAGAGGUUGCCUCUGUCUCUGAACAUGUUACCUACUUCCCAAAAAGCAGAUGAAGUUUUGACAGAAGGCAAAGCCACGGAAGCAGCCUGUGGAAAACUCUAGUCUUAUCCACUGUACUCCUGCAUGUAAUACUGACUGACGCUGGGGUUGUUAACUAACAUAAUGUAGUAAGAUGCAGAAACCUGUCAUAUAUUAGGGAAAUACUAUUAAAACACUUCUUGAAAAAUCCCUUGUUGCUGGAGCUUUUGAUCUUUUAUCAAUGUUAACAAUAGUAGGAGCUCUAGAGCAGACAGGCAGCUGCUAAGGUAAGUGACACUCCAAGUAAAGUGCUUCAAACUCCAGUUGUAGUGUACAUAGACUGCUCCCAGCAUUGCUAACAUAGGUGGAGCUGAAACUGGUGUUGGCAGCUGUGCUGGGGAACACCGAGGCUAAGCUGAGGUCAGCGUGACGUCACGGCAUGCUGUGGGGUACACGACAGUGUGCCUUAUGCCCUGGCAGCAGUCUGGCCAACCUGCAAACCCUGCUAAUGCCCGGGAAGCUGAAAUGGUGUGAACUGCAAGGGGAAGUCUUUGUAGUAUUCCUGUACAGAAGCAGAUAGCUGUAGCUUAGGCUUUGCCUUUUUAAAAAAGGUUUUUCUUUUGGCUUUUUCCCCAAAACUGAUUUCUGGAACUGUGGCAAAGUCUGACAAGAGGUUGUUCUGCUCCCAGGUGAACACAAGAGUUGCGUAAGUUUGUUUGUUUUUUAAAUAAUGGGAAUUUGAAAGGGACUUCAGGUGUAAACACCUUGAAUCCACUCAUAAGUGUCUGUCUACUCCAUUGCUUUGGGGAAGGACUUGUGGCAAGAGUUGUACAAAAUUAGAUACUGUCUAGGAUAGCCAUUCAUCCCCAUUGUGUUAAUAACACACUGAGGUGGUGUUAGAUACACUGAAAAUAAAGUUUAAUGGACAUGUAGUUGUCUUUUUAAAAAAACUUUUAAUCACAGUUCUUAAAAGUGAUGGUUAUGAGAGUAGUGGACAAUGUGUCUAUUGCAAAAGGCUAUUUUAGUAUUGUUUUGUAAAUACUUAAAACGAAUAAUCUCUAAAACAGCCUUUACAUCAUGGCUAUUGUUAAUUAUCUGUGUACUUGUGAGAGAAGAAAGGAAGAGAAUAGUUGGUGGUGAUACCAUUGUCUUGAGAGCAGAGGAUGGUUACAUGACAAAUGACAUAAAAUGCUUUAUUCUCUCAGCCUGUGGGUUUAUGUUGUGCUUUGUCAGUGUGGAUUUUCUGUGGCCACCCGUGUUUUGAAUAAACCUUUGAAGAGACUGGUUCUUUAUGAAAUGUUCCAUUGUGUGGUGAUAGGAGUUGGAGGGGUGAAAGUGUGGGAGGACGGGUAUCUGUGCUUAAGUAAGCUCAAGAUAUGUGGAUUGGCAGGCACAGGUAGGCUCAGCAGAGCUACAUUUAUGUGACCCCACAAUACAGUACCUGCUUGGGGAUGGUUAAGUAUAUUUUUAAAGUUUCUGGAAGGCUUAUCCUGUUGUGCUGAAUUCUUGUAUUAACCUAAGCUAUCCAAAUUAACUUCUCUCCCUUGUAAAGCUAUAGAGUCUUGCAUGCUCUUUCCCCAUCAGUGUGGUUGUAGGUGAGGUGAUCAAGAUGUUAACUUCCUGUGAUCCUGUCUUUGCUCAUCCUCUUUCUCUGUGCUUCAUAGUUUGGAGGUAGUUGUGGGCAAUAACCUCCCCAUGUUUUGGAGCUUAACAGAGGUGCAUGCACAACAUACAUAGAAGAUAAGUUAUUUUCUUUAUGGAGGUUGUAACACUGCCUGAUGUGUAGUCCCCACAUUCAUGUAGCAAAUUGACUUUGUGACGAGUUCUUGAUUCUUCUUUUCAUCCAGAGUCCCUUCUGGUACAAGGCUAUGAGCAAAGAGGUAAUGCUAGGCAGACUUGGGAUUAGCAGUGAUUUUUCUGUUGUGCGUAAGGAAGAAUUCUUGGCUUUGUGAAACUGUGAGGACUUUGCAUAUGCCGUUGUUUUUAUUGCCAAGACGUAUGUAGAAAAGUUCUUACUGUUUCAAGGUAAGUUGUGACCAUCUAGAAAUUGGUGACUGGCUACAAGUUGCUAUCUCACCAGAUUAGUAUUAACAGGUUAGCUCUUGAUGUUGAGGAAAUUAUUUAUAAGCAAACCAGGUUUGUGACUUACUGUGGAAUGACAGAACAUGGUAUUUUCCCCAAAUCAGCAGCUGUUUUGGAUAGAGUAUGGUCAAUGUACCAUAUGAGGUGCCCCUGGUGCAAGUGGCCAACGCCACUCUGGCAGAUAAAACGUGAGCAAAUCAGCUGAAAGUAUACUCUGUGAUAAUGGUAUAGUUUGAAUAAAGGAUGAGGUCUGCAAACCCUCCUAUGAAAAGAGCUGGGGCAAUAGGUAGUCAGGCCAUCUGCUGAUGACUUGCUUGGACAAGCAGAGUUGUAUUGUGUCCAGAUGACAUGCAUGUUGAUACUGUGUCUUUAGCCACAGCAGUUCUUUAGUUACCUGCUGUAUUUUCUGCCCUUAUUUGAGAAAAAGGGCAAAGGGACCUGGCAGGAGAAGGAUGCAAGUGUAUUUGAACUGCCAGCUUAAGCCUAUCCAUGUCUGUGCCAUCAGUCACUACUGCCUCCUUAGUGCCAGCAGCACCAGUGAGCUUGUGGCCUCCUCCUUUGCUGAAACAGGAAACAUGUCUCCUGAAAAUUAGUCGUAUCUUAUCUAGAGCUAGUUUUUAGCUGGGUCACAAGUGCUAGCAAUGGCUGGAAGGGAUAGAGUUGGGUAGACUUGGGCUGGUUGAAGUUGCUUUCCUGGGUCCAGCACACAGUUGGUGUAGAGCAGGAAAGGUGACAUUUUUUGACAAACCUACUUGAAUGUUGGUGGGUCCAAUGCUAGUUGUAUUACAAGUACAUGCUUUAUGCAUUCAUGGGAAAGGAGGACAGCUUUUGCUAAGAGGUAGGAGCAGAUUUAAAGGUGUAGCUAAAAGCCGUUAAUAGGGACAGUAUCUAGAAAUAAGGACAGGUUCAAGGGAUUGAAGAGUGUCCUGUGUCCCUGUAUCUUCAAGUGUCAUGGGGAGAUGUGUGUAGUGUAGAAUACUCAUAUCACUUAAUUUACCUGCUUUUACUUUUGCAUGUUCUUAAGGCAGUCUUGACAGUUCAGUUAAAGCAUUGAGUAAUACUUCCUGUGUCCUCGUUUCCCAGUUGCACUCUUUAUCAAUGAAGUGUGUAAUCGAGUACUUUAGUAAACAGUAGCGUACUAAAAAGUAAUGUGCAAUUCAACUGCAAGUGUGCAAAAUAAGCAAACACUCAACGAAGCUGGUAAGUGCAGCAUGUGAAAACCAGUGGUAACUCUUGGGUUGUCUUGGGUGUAGUGGAGUCACCUUUUGCCAUUGUAGCUGUUUUCCCUCUUCUGUGGUUGAAUGAGGGACAGAGGAGUAGGAUGUGCCCUUCCCAGUAAAACUGCGCUGAAGGAUCCCGUCAGUUGAUUCAUUGCAUUACCCCAUCUCUCUGGUCACACUGGGAAUAUGCUGGUGGGUGCACAUGCAGAGGUUUGCAUUCUGGUGACAGUGAGGAUGAGCAGUUGCUCAAACAGCUCCUGCUCCUGGUUCUCGGUCCCUCCUGAAGCCACUGCUCUUCCCAGAGCAGUCUCUUACUCCCCUCUCUUUCUCUCUUGCUCCACUACCACAGCUACAAUUCAGGGUGCUAGCUCAGCUUGCAUUCAAAGUCGUCAUUUGUUUUCAGUAGCAGUGGGUCUCUAGCCUUUUUUUUCCAUGAUGAUUUUGGGCUCUUGCCACCCUCAGUCUAGCACAGACUGACAGUCUCAGAAAGGCCACAGGGAAAAAAGAAGUGUGCUCUUUCUUGUACAUGGAAAAAGAGGUUUCUUGCCUUUAAUGCUUGGUGUCACAGUCAGGCCACAAGUUUGAUACUUUUAUCUCCUUGGUAUGUCUUUAUUUCAUCUCUCAACAUUCUCCAUCUCAAAGAGGGAGAAAAGACAGAAGUGAAUCAGAUAACUGCAGCUGAAGCAGCCAUAAUACUGUACAUCUCCCAAGUACCUAACCACUAGUCACUAUCAAGUUUUUGCUAUUUAAGGGCUUAGUUUGAGUGUUUUCCUUCUGUGUGCGAUACAAUAAUAUGGUGGCUAGUUCAUAGAAGUACAGGGCUGGAUCAUUAAUAAGUUACCAAAAGGCAGGCUAAGAUAUGCAUUUGUGGUUUGUUAGUUACUGUGUGGUGUUAGCUGCUUGUGUACAUGCUCUCACCCUUUUGCUCUUAAAUUCACUGUAAAGCAGGCUGUCUUGCACAGACUGUGGGCUAAGACCCUGCAGGUGAGCAACAGAGAUGACAAAGCAGAGAAUGGAAUUACAUGGCAAUAACUGUCAGCGUUGCCUUGAAGAUGGACCAUAUCUGAUCAUUUGUGUCCCACUUGCAGUCCAGAGCUGUGGUCUGUAAGGCUACCCUGCUCCUGUGCUUUGCCAAGUUGGACUUGAAUGCUUCAAGCAAUAGAUCCCAGACCACCGUGAUAGAUCCUCUCCAUCCUGAUGUGUGCUGGUCUUCAUGUGUUUUCCCUUUCAAGGGAAAAGGUGAUUUUUGUCACUGCUUUGAUAGAGGUGUGUCAGUAUUGGCACUGGCAUAGCAUAGCCUGUACUGUUCGGUUGGGUGGGGUGCAGGAAAAUGGGGAGAGGAGAUAUAACUGGAUAAUUGGAUCCAGGGAUGAUUGUGCUGCUGUGGUAGGUUUUACUGGAUGAAGCAGCUUGUUGCGAUAGGUGUUUGUCUCAGCUUCUGUCUGCAGGUGUGACUUGGCUAGAUAAGGAUGGUCUAUCACGUUGAUGAUUUCAGUGUUUGAUUUGGCAGGACUGGGUGGAGAAUGUAGCUGCAUUGUUUGGGACUAGCUUAGUAGUUUGGUUUUGUUGAAGUGGAUUACAUGGCAGUGCAUUGCUACAUUAUUAAGGUGAAGCUGCAGUAAAUAAUAGUUGGAGAAUGUUGGAGAGAAGAGAAUACGCACAGGGUUUCACAAUGCGUAACUAAUUGAGCCUCUCAACAGCUCCUGUGUUCCUGUUGGGAGAUCUGGUCAGCAGAAUGCACUGGGAUUACACAGAAAACCUCUGGUAGUGAUUUCAGUUUUCAGUGGUACUUUAACUGCAAGGCUGUCCAUGCUGUGUAAAUAGUUAAAAGUGCUCUGAGAGACCAUGCUGGCCCUGAAGGUGGGAAUGUUGUCUGGAUUCACACUUGUCUUGCAGCCUCUCCAGUUUUCACAGUGGGCAGAGGAGAAGCUGGCAGGUAGCUGCUUUACCAACCUCAAAUUUACCAUUGAGCCAUGCCUCAGAGUCUCUUUUUCCUUGUAUUAUGGAACUUUCAGACACUUAAACUUGCUCUAACAUGUGAGUGAACAAUAGUCGAUGCAAGGUUAUCUCCGUUACUGAAAGUGUGGCUGAUCAUUUCUUGGGCCAUGAACUCUUGGCGUUAUAAAAGAUAACCAUAGUACGACUCUUCUGUCUUGAGCAAACUUGCAGUAUUUCUUACUUGGGAAAGCUUGCGGUUGCAUUCCUUUCUCUCUUUAGUCUAGCACAAUGAUGUGAAGUAGGAGCUGCCAGAACAGUUGAUUGUGCUUCUUCCUUCUAAAACCUGCCUGGUUUUCCCCUAGAUGUGACUGAGCAAUUGCCUGGCUUUAUGUGGUGCUUGAUGUUUUUAUUUAUACGUUGUCUGGCUGUGGGGGAGGUUUAAUGUAAGAAACACAAGGGUUUGGCAGAAGUUGCUGGGCUCAUAGUGAGGGGAAGGUGAGCCUUUGAAGAGAGGUGGUGCAGAGAAGGGAAGGUUACAUGUCCAAGCUUUGUGCCAGCUUCUCUAAGCACAGAUGAGCUCAUGGGAAUCCAGCUAACUCAAAUGUGGGAGUGCUGAAGCCGGUCUGACCUAUUUCCCCUCCAUGUGCAGCACACAUCUUCAGACUCUUCCAGUCUCAUGGUGCUUGUUUUGGUGCUGAUGAAUCUUGCCAGUCUGAGCAGAGACUUCCCUUGUUAGUAGUUCAGAGCAAGUUUUGAUUCCUCUGCUGCUUUGUCUGGACACAUGGGAGGGACACACAGCUUGGCUGUGCAGCCUUGUUGGUGAAACUCUUCUCUUUCUUCUAUUUCCAGGUGAUCUUUUCUUGUGAAACGAGUGAUUCGCAGCUCAUGGCCUCCACAAUGAGUAGUGCUGUGUCGUGACACCAGGGGUCUUGUGUGCCCUGGAGAUGCGAGACUUCCCUUGGGCAGCAGGAGGCACGCGUCUAGAGAAUGCUGGAGCUGCAGGAGGGAAGUGCCCAGUGCAGAACCAGAGAGGAGCAAAGAGAAAAAAGGCAAGCAGACAGCCAGCAUUGAGAGAAGCGGGUGGCAGAAAGUGCUUCGACGCUGCCUCUGGCGGCACACUCCCCAGAGGAACUUGACGAGAGCCCAUCUGCCUGCGUGUGAGACUGUGAGCUCAGGAUUUCUGUCAAUGCAUUCCAGUAACCCCAAAGUGAGGAACUCCCCGUCAGGCAACACACAGAGCCCCAAAUCAAAGCAGGAGGUGAUGGUCCGUCCCCCUACAGUGAUGUCCCCGUCUGGCAACCCCCAGCUGGAUUCCAAAUUUUCCAACCAGGGCAAACAAGGGGGCUCCACUAGCCAAUCUCAGCCCUCUCCCUGUGACCCCAAAAGUGGAGGUCACCCUCCCAAAGUGCUCCCUGGCCCAGGUGGGAGCAUGGGGCUGAAGAAUGGGGCUGGAAAUGGUGCCAAGGGGAAGGGGAAGAGAGAGAGGAGCAUUUCAGCAGACUCCUUUGAACAGAGGGAAGCUGGGACUCCUAAUGACGACCCUGAAAUCAAAGACUGCAAUUCUGCUGAUCAUGUGAAGUCCCAAGAUUCUCAGCACACACCACACUCCAUGACUCCUUCAAAUGCUUCAGCCCCAAGGUCUUCCACACCUUCCCAUGGCCUGACUGCUGCUUUGGAGCCUGGAAGUGGGCAGAAAACUCCAUCCAAAGUGGUUUAUGUCUUUUCUACUGAGAUGGCCAACAAGGCUGCAGAAGCUGUGCUGAAGGGACAGGUGGAAACCAUCGUGUCCUUCCAUAUCCAGAACAUCUCAAACAGCAAGGCAGAACGAAACACUCUUCCCUUGAACCCCCAGAUCACUGCACUUCGGACUGAACCCAAGCCCCUGCUGCAGCCCCAGCCCCCUGCUGCCCAGGACCAGAACCCUCCCCAGAACGCCAAAAUGCAGCCGACUCCACCCAUGUCAGCGCCAGUAUCCAAAUCCACUGCCCCCCCGUGUCCCAUAGAUCAGGACAGUCCCAGCGUGGAAAGCAAAGUCAUGUCUGUGGGCAGCCCUGCCAACUCUACCCCGUUGCAGACAGAAGGAUUUGGGCAGAGUUCGACCCCAAAUAAUCGAGCAGUUAGCCCCAUUUCCCAAGGUAGCAAUAGCUCUGCUGCAGACCCCAAAGGUCCUCCCCAGCCGGUGUCUGGUGGGGACCCAUCCAGUUUGGGCGAGAAUCCAGACGGACUGUCACAGGAGCAGCUGGAGCAUCGAGAGCGCUCGUUGCAGACCCUGAGAGACAUACAGCGCAUGCUCUUCCCUGAUGAGAAGGAGUUUACAGGAGGGCAAAGUGGGGGGCCACCCCCAAAUGCUGGGGUGCUGGAUGGUCCCCAAAAGAAACCCGAAGGGCCGAUACAGGCCAUGAUGGCUCAAUCCCAAAGUUUAGGCAAAGGGUCAGGGUCUCGGACAGAUGGAGGGGCUCCGUUUGGCCCUCAAGGGCACAGGGACAUGCCCUUUUCCCCAGAUGAAAUGGGGCCACCACCAAUGAACUCCCAGUCAGGACCCAUAGGCCCAGACCACCUGGACCACAUGACUCCUGAACAGGUGGCCUGGCUGAAGCUGCAGCAGGAGUUUUAUGAGGAGAAGAGAAGGAAGCAAGAGCAGGUGGUUGUGCAGCAGUGUUCCCUGCAGGACAUGAUGGUCCAUCAGCAUGGGCCUCGUGGGGUGGUCCGAGGUCCUCCCCCUCCCUACCAGAUUACCCCUGGGGAGGGCUGGGGACCUGGGGGUCCAGAGCCCUACCCUGAAGGCAUGAACAUGUCACACUCUCUGCCCCCCAGGGGCAUGGCCCCUCAUCCCAACAUGCCUGGGAGCCAGAUGCGUCUGCCUGGUUUCGCAGGAAUGAUGAACCCUGACAUGGAGGGCCCUGGUGUCCCGAAUCCCACCUCCCGGCCUGGGAUUUCGGGAGUUAGCUGGCCAGAUGACGUGCCAAAAAUCCCAGAUGGCCGAAACUUCCCUCCUGGCCAGGGCGUCUUCAGCGGCCCUGGCCGAGGGGAGCGGUUUCCCAAUCCGCAGGGUCUGCCUGAAGAGCUCUAUCAGCAGCAGCUGGCUGAGAAGCAGAUGGGCCUCCCUCCCGGUCUGAACAUGGAAGGCAUCAGGCCUGGCAUGGAGAUAAACAGAAUGAUGCCCUCCCAGAGACACAUGGAGCCUGGGAACAACCCUAUCUUCCCUCGCAUGCCAGUGGAAGGGCCAAUGAGCCCCUCCAGGGGAGACUUCCCAAAAGGAAUACCCCCACAGAUGGGCUCUAGCAGGGAGCUGGAGUUUGGGAUGGGUCCCGGCAGCAUGAAGGGGGACAUGGGCAUGAAUGUCAGUAUGGGCUCCAACCCACCCUUGGUCCCUCAGAAGCUGAGGGAGGCGGGAGUUGGGCCUGAAGAGAUGAUGAAACUGCGCCCCGGUGUCUCGGAGAUGCUCUCCUCUCAACAGAAAAUGGUGCCGCUGCCAUUUGGGGAGCACCCGCAGCAGGAGUAUGGCAUGGGUCCCAGGCCUUUCCUUCCCAUGUCUCAGGGCCCAGGAGUUGGUCUCCGGAAUCUCAGAGAACAGAUUGGGCCUGACCAAAGGACUAACAACCGGCUCAGCCACAUGCCGCCACUACCUCUCAAUGCCACCAGUAACCCUAAUAGCCUCAACACUGCUCCUCCCGCGCAGCGCAGCCUCGGCCGCAAGCCCUUGGAUAUCUCCGCGCCUGGUCAGGUGCAUUCGCCAGGAAUCAAUCCUCUGAAGUCCCCCACGAUGCGCCAGGUCCAGUCUCCCAUGAUGGGAUCUCCCUCGGGGAACCUCAAGUCCCCUCAGACACCCUCCCAGCUGGCGGGAAUGCUUGCAGGCCCCACUGCCGCAGCUGCCGCUGCCUCCAUUAAGUCUCCCCCCGUCUUGGGGUCUGCUGCUGCUUCUCCUGUCCACCUCAAGUCUCCGUCUCUCCCUGCACCUUCUCCUGGAUGGACUUCAUCUCCAAAGCCUCCUUUACAGAGCCCUGGGAUUCCCCCAAACCACAAGGCAUCUCUGACUAUGUCUUCUCCAGCCAUGCUGGGGAAUGUGGAGUCGGGUGGCCCCCCUCCUUCCACAGUCAGCCAGUCUGCUCCUGUGACUCUCCCUGGAAAUCUUCCCUCUAGCAGUCCAUAUACAAUGCCUCCAGAGCCGACACUCUCCCAGAAUCCCCUCUCCAUUAUGAUGUCCAGGAUGUCCAAAUUUGCCAUGCCCAGCUCUACACCACUCUAUCAUGAUGCCAUCAAAACUGUGGCCAGCUCAGAUGAUGACUCCCCUCCAGCACGCUCCCCAAACUUGCCACCUAUGAACAGUGUACCAGGAAUGGGCAUUAAUUCUCAGAAUCCUCGAAUUUCAGGUCCAAACCCAGUGGGUCCAAUGCCAACCCUUAGCCCAAUGGGAAUGACCCAGCCUCUUUCCCAUAACAACCAGAUGCCCUCUCCAAAUGCUAUGGGACCCAAUAUACCUCCUCACGGGGUCCCUGUGGGACCUGGCCUGAUGUCACACAAUCCGAUGAUGGGGCACGGUUCCCAGGAGUCUCCAAUGGUACCUCAAGGACGCCUGGGCUUCCCACAGGGGUUCCCUCCUGUACAGUCCCCUCCACAGCAGGUGCCAUUUCCACACAACGGGCCCAGUGGUGGACAAGGCAACUUCCCGGCAGGAAUGGGCUUCCACGGAGAAGGACCUCUGGGGCGUCCUACCAACCUGCCCCAAAGUUCGACAGAUCCAGCACUUUGCAAGACUGGAGGCCCUGGCGGUCCAGACUCCUUCACUGUUCUUGGAAACAAUAUGCCUUCGGUUUUCACUGAUCCAGAGCUGCAGGAGGUGAUCCGUCCUGGAGCCACGGGAAUACCCGAGUUUGACCUGUCCAGGAUUAUCCCGUCAGAGAAGCCUAGCCAGACACUACAGUAUUUCCCUCGUGGGGAGGUGCCAGGCCGCAAGCAGCCGCAGGGUCCUGGGCCCGGCUUCUCCCACAUGCAGGGGAUGAUAGGAGAGCAGACCCCAAGGAUGGGACUAACGUUGCCUGGCAUGGGGGGCCCGGGGCCGGUGGGAACUCCGGAUAUCCCGCUCGGGACAGCGCCCUCCAUGCCGGGACAUAACCCGAUGCGGCCUCCCGCCUUCCUGCAGCAGGGCAUGAUGGGCCCGCACCACCGCAUGAUGUCACCAGCACAAACGGCGAUGCCCGGCCAGCCCGCGCUCAUGAGCAACCCCGUGGCUGCCGUGGGCAUGAUCCCGGGCAAGGACCGAGCCCCCGCGGGGCUGUACAGCCACCCGGGCCCCGUGGGGUCACCUGGGAUGAUGAUGUCAAUGCAGGGCAUGAUGGGACCCCAACAAAACAUCAUGAUCCCCCCCCAGAUGAGGCCCCGAGGUAUGGCUGCGGAUGUCGGCAUGGGAGGAUUUAGCCAAGGCCCUGGAAACCCAGGGAACAUGAUGUUUUAAGCUGCUACCAUAAGACUGGAUGUUCUGAUCCUUGUCAAGAUGAGAUUCCAAGUCCUGAGGGCUUUUUUGGGAGCUUCAGGAGUACGGUUUGGCCAUGCAAUAGGUGAAAAGAGACCAGAGGACACUUUGGGAAAUCUCGAAUGUAUGGAAUUACCUGAAAAAAAAAAAAAAAAAAUUAUUCAUUUUAACAGGUUGUUUUUUUUUUUAAGAUUUAUUUUUUAAAAAUUAUUUUUGUGGACUUGGGUAUCCCGUGACGGCACCUGCUUUGAGAAUCUGUAGCUGUAUUUUGAGAAUUGCCAUUUGUCACAAGUUGCACCAUUCUCUGUAUGUUUACGUCCUUCGGACUGGCUUCUCCCAGGACUCUCGGUUAUUUUUGGGGUUUUUUGUGUACUGUACUAUAUUGUAAAAGGGAUUUUAGCAGAGACUUUAGUCUUUGGGGUGAGAGGAGAAUGGGAUUCUAGGCUGUUUACUUUAGGUGGAGAAUCCAUCUUCAGAACUUCGGACUAUUUUCCUUCAACUCCAAUGUAUAGAAAAACCAAACUACGACCUCAGAGCAGAGUAUUAAUGAAAAGCACAAAAAGGAACUUAAGUUCAGUGAGGGGAAUCUUUUAAAAGAAAUAAAUAAUAAGUUAAGGACAUAUUUUUCAAAUUAUGGCGUGCUGUCCAGCACCUUCUGUCUCUCCCUCCCACUCUUUAUUAAAUAGGCUUCUCUCUCUCUCCGUCCCCCUUCUGUCUCCUCCUAUGGCAGCUGCAAUACAUUGUGUUAUUUUGAGGAGUAAAUCUAGGAGAGCCUCUCCUCGCGUGGGGACUCUUCCCACUUUUAGGAAUGGGCUGGACUUGGACACUGUUACAUCCUACAGUAGUCUCUCUCACUGUUUCCUGUUCUCCUUUUCUUAGAAACCCCAAGUGAUUUUAUUAAUGUGGGAGUGGAACAGACACUAAAAGUUAUCCAGGAUUUUUUUUGUGGUUAUUUUUUUCCUCCCCAGCGUAAAACGUUCUGUGUAACCUCCAUUAAAUUUGGUACAAAACCACUCGCCAGGGCUGUGGUGUCAGAAAAAUAAAAUAUAUUGUUUCUUACAAAAA